AUGAAAAUUAAGUCGGAGUCGCCUGAUGAAAAUCCGCCCUGGUUGGAACGUCGUCUGUCCAUUGAACCUCCUGAUGAGAGUCCCAAAGACACGCUGGUAGAACCAUCGCCAGAGAUAACCUUUCCUUCGGCUUCUCCCGAAAGCCGUCUGUUCACCGAGCCAGAACGGCUAAAUGAGAGUCCCAAAGACACGCAGGCACAACCAUCGCCAGAGAUAACCUUUCCUUCGCCCUGGCUUGAAAGCCGUCUGUUCACCAAGCCAGAACCUCCUGAUGAGAGUCCUAUAGACACGCAGGCACAGCCAUCGUCAGAGACAACGUUUCCUACGGCCUCACUCGAAUGUCGUCUGUUCACCGAGCCAGAAGGUCCUGAUGAGAAUCCCAUAGACACGCUGGAAGAACAAUCGCCAGAGAUAACAUUUCCUUCGGCUUCGCUCGAAUGCCGUCUGUUCACCGAGCCAGAACCUCCUGAUGAGAGUCCUAUAGACACGCAGGCACAACCAUCGCACAACCGUCGCCAGAGAUAA